AUGACCACCUCUUUCAAGGAUCGGAACCUCAUUGCCGUCAUUGGAGAUGAGGAUUCUAUAACUGGCUUGCUGCUAGCCGGUAUUGGCCAGAUAAACGAGAACCAGAAGAAGAAUUUCCUGGUGGUUGACUCCAAGACACAAGUCGCGACGAUUGAAGGCGCAUUCCAAGAGUUCACGGAGCGGAAGGACAUCGCCAUUCUGCUAAUUAACCAGCAUAUUGCCGAAAGGAUUCGACCAACGGUUGAUAAAUACCAGCAAGCUUUCCCAGCAUUGCUCGAGAUUCCUUCGAAGGAUCAUCCAUAUGAUCCAUCAAAAGACUCGAUACUCAAGCGGGUGCAGAAGCUGUUCGGCGAGUAG